AUGCCGCGGCCGGUGAUCUAUGAGUAUGACCCGGCCACCGGCCAGACGCUGGCCACCUCACUGGCGGAGGACCUCUUCCCGGUCUCGUUGGCGGACAUAGCUGAAGAGCCUGCAGGGUCCGCUGCUGCUUCUGAGGCUGCCCCCCCGCCACCGCCGCUGCCACCGGCGACGCCGCUGGGGCCAAGGCCACUUCAGCCUGCGGACUUCCUCAGAGGCCCCGCGCCUAGCCCGCCGGAGCCACAGCAACGUCUUAGCGAGGCUGGCAAGGCCAAAGUUCGGCGAGCUGUCAAGAAGGCGCCUACGCUGGAUGAUCUCGAGGAAAUCGAGCGCGCGCUUGACUCGGGCAGGAUCUCCGGCGCCUUGGCGGCACGCCUGAAGCUGGGCCCCGCAGACUUCGAGAGUCAGCCCUUGCCGCUGGGAGCGCAGAUUCUGAAUCCGUCUGGCCUCCAGAAGGUGCGAACCUUCAUCGAGUUUGCCACAGACCUGAAGAAGCUGUCAGAAGUCGACCAGGCGCUGAAUGCCGGCGAUGUGUUCCGCCUGCGAACCAUGCUGAACCUGCAGCCGCAGGACAUCCGGCAGCCAGGCAGCGAGCCUCCGGAGCCGGAGGAGGAGUACGAUCCAUUUGCAACCGCACCAGCGCCUGAGGUGCAAGUGCAGGAGGCUCCAAAGCCCGAGCCAUCCAAGAAGGUGAAAAAAUCCAAGAAGCGGGACCAGGAGGGUGCUUUGGAGAAGCUGUCGGCGUAUGACGGCGCGGAGGACCAGCCAGACAAGCGGCAGAAGCUGCAGGAGCCCCAAGAGUUGGCGUGGCCAAUGAGCUGGACCUGGCUGCUCAGCCGCACCCAGCAGCACCCCGAAUUUCGACAGCCUCCAAUGACCUCAGACACCCGGUGGGUGGAGGAGCCGGAGGCAUCUGAGGGAGAUGAGCCUUUAGCUAUUGCGAUCGCAACUUCUCUGGUGUACGUGGGGGACACAGCCAGCGGCUACGACCCACGACACCUUGCAAGGCUGGCCGCGGUGGAUGAGAAAGGCCAGCUGUUGCUGGACCUCUACGCUUCUCCGCGCAGCAAAUUGCUGGACUGCCGCUCUCACAUCACUGGAAUCAGCAAGGAGGUGCUGGAGUCGGAUUCCAUACCCUUCGAGGAUGUGCAGAGCAAGCUGCUGGAACGGCUGAGGCCGCGCACCAUCCUGGUGGGGCAUUGCUUGAGCGCUGAUCUCGAGGCGUUGAAGCUUUGGCACGGGCCUCUGGUGGAUGUGGCAUUGCUAUUUCCAGUGGACACCCGCAAGAAGUACCAGUACCACCCCUUGCGGUACAUCGGCGAGAGAGUUCUGCUGAUAGCAGCCACACCAGAGGAGGCAGACCGCCAGCCUCUGGAUGCGGUGGAAGCCGCGCGCCUGUCCAUGAGGCUGGCCAUGCAUGAAGCAGCACAAUCAGUGCCCGCGCAGCCCUUCCCGCCCAGAGAAGGCAGCGGCCGCGAGUUGGUGAUUCGGCACAUUCCUGCGGGUUGGGGUACGUCAGCUGCCAAGCGCUUGCAUGAAGCGGUUCCUGGCAUCGGCGAGGUCUCUGUGCGGUGGAUGCUCAACGACCUGGACCCCACAGAUUGGAGGGGGGAGGCCGUGGUCUUCUUCCACCAUCCAUAUGCUCGAGAUGAUGUCUUCAAGUCUGUGAAGGGCAUGGUGGACCUGCAUGUCCAAUGGCAAGAUGCGCCGGGUGCACCACCACUGGGCGCCUUCCUGUCCGAACAGGCUCUGGUCGAGGCUUUCUCCAGUUUCGGCAUGGUAGUCUGUGCUCGCAUUCCAAAGCGCCCGACAACUCAGGAACCGCAAUCAUUUGCCUUCAUCUCCUACCUGGAAGCUGAGGACGCCUUCCGGGCGUCCAAGAAGCCUGCGGUGGAGGUGCCCAUCACCGCAUCCUGGCAGCUGGAGCUCAAGCCCAGGCUCGCCAAGUUCGGCAAUAGCACCGACAAGCGGGUGGCCGUCAAGGUGGACGAAGAUGAUGUGGGCUUCGACUGGAUCCAUCUCAUCAAGAGGUGCGCGCGGCAUUCCGCAGCCCCGGAGUUGUUCCAUACGAUGCGAUGUAGGUACCUUAGCGGCCUGCUUUUCGCGCAGCUGUUCCACUCGUCGAUCGCGGCAUCGUGGAUUAGAAAAGAGGUAGAGAUCGGCGCGCAUGCACAGCUGACAGAAGUGAAUGGCUGGCACCAGGCCCGAAACUCAUCGGGAUCUGACAGCGAGCAUGACAGUGUGGACCCAGAUGACAAAAAGGUUUGGACACUGAUCCACGAUGGGAGUGAGCCCAAUGCCAAUUUGACGGACAUGAUGCGAGAGAUUGUUACGCCGCCUGAAAAAGAAUCCCAGAAAGGUGCCAACACAGUUGCACCGAGCGCUACAGAUUCGGAGGCAAGCGCACCGGAAGAGGCAAACUCACCAGCUGAAGACCCUGCACCAAGCGAGGAAGAGGUGACCGUGGAUGCAGCAGCUGCUGCAUAUGUGGCAACAGCCAAAGCGCCAAUGAGGAUAAGAGAAGCAGCCCCGCAUCCAAGCAAGGGAGGCAACUCGAAUCAUUCUGGAUUCUCCCCUUUUCUGGGGAUUGCAGACUUAUCCUAUCCUACCUGGACAUUUGUGCAUCCUCAGGUUCAACCGAAGGGAUACCGCACGGCGACGAGGAGGGUGUUCCAUGGAUCUCCAGUGAUCGACUCGGAUUCCAAUGUGUACAUCCCUAGCACGUCCGGGUGGAUCUAUUCUCUGACGAAGGAGGGCGACUUGCGCUGGUCCUUCGACCUCAACUCGGAGGAUCCGCAAAAUCCCAGCAACCUGGCGUUGCUGGACGGCACAGCCUUCGUAUGCACGGAGGACGGAGUGGCUUGGGCCAUUGACAUGGUGGGAGGCCUCGAGAGGUGGAGGCAGAAGAUUGCCACGCAUUGCUCCACUGAUUCGUUCUCCAUUACUGCUAGCAACGGAACUGUGCUGAUCCCAUGCAAUCCUGCCAAUGGUGACGAGCCAGACAACAUAGAGGGCAGUACCGCUAUUUGCGCCGUUGCGGAGAAGGAUGGGAGCUCCAAGUGGACGUACCACCUGAACAGCAAGGGGUACAACCUGGCUCCCAGCAUUGUGGGCAACAAGGUCUACUUUAGCGAUCUGGAGGGCACUGCAUACUCGAUCUUCUUGGAGGACGGACGAGAGAUGUGGAGGCACCCGGGCCCCAAGCACGUCAGCUUCUCCUCUGCCUCUUCAGUGGUUGGGCACGACAGCCAGAUGUACAAUGUCUUCAAUGUGGCCAAGGGGGGUAGUUCAGAGGGCAACAUCCGCUGCCAUGAUCUUCACCACGGCGAUAUCUUGUGGUCUAAGUCCUUCUCGCAAGGCAUCAAUGCUGCCCCAGCUGUGGGACCAGUGGGGCCCAAGAACCGCACGAUGCUCAUCGUGGCGCUGGGCAACAACCCGCAGUGCCUGCCCGAGCCCACCAUCGGAGCUCGCCAGCAUUCGCAAGUGGUGGCCUUGGAUGGGCAAACGGGCCAAACAAUUUGGACCUUCACUGCCCCGGAAUACGCGCUCUCUACGGCAGGCAACACCCCCUGGGAGAUUUGCUGCCCAAGCCUGUGGAGCCAGCCAACCCUGACCGCGGAUGGGCGUGCCUAUGUCAACUGGUCCGGGGGUAAGCUCUUCUCGAUGCUGGACGUGAACGGCGACGGCACGAUCGACGCGAACGAUCCCAGGGAGUUUUCGUUCUAUCAUCAUGGGAAGGGCUCCAACAGUCAGACGGCCCUGGCUCCGGAUCUCAUGGUGGCGGCAGUGUGCAACCAGGUCUUCGGAUACCAGAAAUGA